AUGGCUAGUACUUCGCAGCCGACCGCCGGCGCUCCUGCUUUCCGUACCAAAUGGCAAACGGCAGUACCAACACAACCGGAGCUCGGCAAGUUUAAGAGCAACCCGGCCUAUCUUCAUGCAGCCAACCAGCUGGCUACCGAGCGGCUUAAGUUGAGAGCUGCUGAGAUUGAGGCGGCGAAGGAUAACGAGGUCGCCGAACGGGGGUUGGUCUCGGCUGGCUCGGCACUUGGAGGGGAGGAGGGGACUCAAAUUGCCCUUGAAGUCCUAACCGCUUCUGCCUCUCUCAACGAGGCUGGGGGCGAUAUCGCAUCCUCUACUCAAGCCGAGGUAGAGGGCCGCUCGGCGGAUGAGGCUCCUCUAGCGACUCGGAAACCCAGACGGCAAGAGCAAGCCUCUCAGCCGACCCCAUCCGAUGAGCAGCGUUCCGAGCGGGGUGAUGAUGCUCCCGUGAUCUCCGAGGCGGUUUCCAAAGAGAGCACCCCUACGCCGCUCGGCUCUCCCCGGGCUGCCUCCGAGGUGCCACCUACUAGUCCUCCUCGGACCCUGCGUCGCCUUAGACGAUUGGGCGACCGUCCUUCCACAAUUGGCGAGCCAUCUGGCAAAGCAGCUGCGCCUCAAGAUGAUCCGAGCGGCCCGCGGGUGAUAAAAACUGUUUUGCGAUUUCCGUCGGAGGAAUAUUUAUUGGCUGCUGAUCGGCCAAUGGUGCCCGAACAGCAAAUCACUCUCACAGGUCCUCUCGCCAAAGCCUGGGAGGACGCCCGACUCCGAAUCGCUCUUAUGACCCCCAACCAACUAGGCGACAGCAAUUUGCAGCAGGUGACUGGGGACGAGCUGAAAAAGCUCAAAACCUCGGGGGAAAGUAGACAGUCCACGACUGCUUUGGAGAAAGCCAAGAAGCUCUUGGAAGCCGACCGGAAUAGAUCUUCUGACUUGGCGAGUGAAGUGGCUCGGCUCGAGGCUCUAGUCAAGCAGCGCGAUAAGGAAAUAAAGCUCGCGACCAGCCGGAAGCUCAAGGCCAUCGACGAUAUGGACUUGAUGAAGGUGGAAACCCGGGGGCUGGAACAACGCGUGAAGGACUUGGACGACCUACUAACCACCGAACGAGAGAGCCGCUCGGCUGAAAAGGCCAAAUCUGAAGGGGAUUUGAAAGAUCUCCAGGCUGCCCUUGACGCUUCCCAAGCCACGCUCAAAGAAUAUCAAGAUGGGGAGCUCGGCCGGUUGGCUGAAAGCUGCCUGUCACUUGGAUGCUGCAAUUCCAUGGCGAACAGUCCGACGGCACAAGCGGCCACUGCUCUUGCUGUUCUUCAAAUUAAGGGCUCCACUGACAGAUGCUUCAAAACUCUCUUUACUUCAAUCCUUGCGUAG